CUCUAUUAAACAACCUCUCAGUAUGGGAAGUGGUCUUCAGAUUUCCCGUAAAGCGAAUCUCUCCUCCCCUCCUCCAUUUCAUAUAUUUGUUGCAAAAAUUACCAAUAUGGAUGAACCCCUUCAAUUCAAAUUGUUUGAGGACUUGGGAAGUACUCAAAAAAUAAAUGCCCUCAAGAAUCUUGUCACCUCAACUUUAGUGGAAUUUGACCAUGCCAAGCAUCAAAUUGACUUUUUAGUUGACGAUGUGAAAGAAACGACGUAUGAUUCCAAAAAUGAUACAGAUUUGCUUUAUCGGUUGAGUGAAAUGUAUCAUUGCGUUGUAAAUAUUAGUACUAAAUCUCAAACUAAUCCAACUGAGAGGACUAUGGCCGAGUUGAAAGUGAUUUGUGAAACAAUGUCGAAAUUUGUACUGUCCCUCAACUCAUUUAUUAACGCAUCGGAACAUAUAAUGGAAAAAAUUAUGGAAGUUCGCGACGUUGUGCAACUGACGUACAUUUAUCUGCAAGAAGAGGUCAAAAUCGACCUCUCCAAACUUAUGCCGCCGGACACCCCCGUUCGUAUCGUGUCAAAAAUGGGACUGUCAGUCAAUAAAAAAACUGGUUGUUGCAGUGGACGUAAUGCAAAGAAACGUUUAAAGAAAGAUUUACAGACCCCACAUUACAAUGGGUCUGAUUUUCAUCGCGUAUAUUAUGAGGAUAGCUUCAAGGAUGGGGAUGAUACUGUCGUGGAUGGUUAUGUAUUCCGCGUGAGACCUGCCGUCCAACAGAAGGAUUCAGAGCGGAGGAGUAAGGACUACAAUGUUUACCCGCAGAUAAGGUUCCGGCACAGUGAACCAAACGCGGUGGGGAUAUUUGGAGGGGGCGGAAACAGUCAUACGACGAUUUCAGGAGAAAGUUUGCCUGGAGGUGGUCGAGCCGAUAACAGCACGGGCGGCACAUCAAACACCCUCGCAGUGGAAGAAACUCCUCUAAAGCCAAUUCUUAAAGAUGUUCCCGUCAACAGUACACCGUCCCCGGUUGGAAAGUUACCACGCAGCCCAGCAGGAUCGAUUGAAAUGAUGCCGUCGUUGACGAAGUCGAAACAACUGGAAGAAGACGACGAACCCAUGUUGGAAAGGAAGGGAAAGGAUUCCAUCAUUUUUAAGAAAGAUAAGGAUGGCAGUAGAAAAGGGUCCGGGGGUUCUAAUCAUUCAUGACUCUUUAACUGACUGAGACUUCAUAUAAAUAUAUAUAGCGACACUGUUCAUAUUUCUACAUAAGUAAGUGCACAAUAUACCACACCAGACCUGACUGACUAAAAUAAAUACUUUUGUCUCUGCCAAACCAGUUUACCUCUAUAGUGCUUUAUGUAAAUGUCAUUUGUCUCCACUCGAUCUUCUUUUAUAACUACAAUGUUCCUUUACUAAAUAACCUGUAUAUUUAUAUAUAAAAUAAACACAGGUGACAAAAGUC